GAUGAGUGGCCCAAGCCAGCCCAUCUUCCAACGAACCAACAACCAAAUUGUUUCCCCUGCACACUUGGCACAAAGUGAUUAAUAAGACUGAUUGAUUCAUUGCUGUGGUUGUGGGUGUGAUGUCAGAGAACUACACACUGGAAUCGUUCACCGUCGAAGGCAGCGACGGAGUGAAGCUCCGUACAAGGGUGUUCAAGCCAGAUGCUGGAACAGAAGCGGAUGGGAAGUUGGGGAUCGUUCUGGUGCACCCGUAUUCUAUUUUGGGUGGCUGCCAGGGUCUCCUCAAAGGAAUCGCUUCUGGCUUGGCUCUCAAUGGUUACACCGCUGUCACCUUUGACAUGAGAGGCGUUGGCAAGUCCACCGGCAGGGCUUCUCUCACCGGCUUCUCCGAAGUUAAGGAUGUCGUUGCUGUCUGCAACUGGCUUUCCAACACUUUCUCUCUUCCCAGGAUUUUGUUGCUUGGUUCUUCCGCUGGUGCACCUAUAGCAGGGUCUGCCGUUGAUCAGAUUGAACAAGUCAUUGGUUAUGUAAGCAUAGGUUAUCCAUUUGGAAUGACUGCCUCAAUCCUUUUUGGACGACACCACAAAGCCAUCCUACAGUCACCAAAACCAAAACUCUUCAUUAUGGGAACACAAGAUGGAUUCACCAGUGUAAAGCAGCUGAGGAACAAGCUUAAUUCUGCAGCAGGACGUGUAGAAACACAUUUAAUCGAUGGGGUAGGCCACUUCCAGAUGGAAGGGCCUGGUUAUGAUGCUGAGAUGGUGGAUCUCAUCAUCAAGUUUAUUGCAUCACUAUGAAGACAAAUAACUGAUUGUGCUGAGUGUGAUUUGACUCUACUAUUGGGAAUUGGGAUUAGUUUGUGUACAAAAUCUUGUUGAAUCUGCGAUUGCAAUGUUUAUUUGUGCCCCCUACGCCUAUGCCACCUUCUAAAAUGAAAGAAAUCAGUUACCCACA